UAUAUUUUCUCUAUUCAGGUUUUACACCGCAUGCGUUGUCCUUGGCCUGGAGGCAUUACAUCAGCUUGGCAUUGUCCAUAGAGAUCUAAAGCUGGAGAAUUUGCUGUUGGACCGGGAUGGCUACCUUAAGAUCGUAGACUUCGGCCUCAGCAAAGACAGAUUUGGAUACAGCGACCGCACGAACACCGUGUGCGGAACAAGAACAUACAUGGCCCCGGAGAUCUAUCUGAAACUUGGAUACGGCAUGGCCGCUGACUGGUGGGCCCUAGGAAUUACCAUUUAUGUUAUGCUCCUGUAUGAGUUACCAUUCAACAACAAGGAUCCAGUUGAGCAAAUGAAAAGCAUCCUCUAUGAUGACAUCAUAUUCCCGGAAGACCUAUCAGAGGAUGCCUGUACUCUAAUACAAGAACUGUUAGAGAAAGAUCCUGAAUUUCGCCUCGGUUCGGGUGACGCCGGGGCUGAAAUGAUUAAAGAGCACCCCUUCUUUAAAGAUAUGGACUGGGACCAUCUGUUACAGCGAAGAAUUACAGCUCCAUAUGUACUGGGCAACGAAGACCUGGAGAGCCAAGAGAACCCUGGAUGCCAAGCUCCAGCACUGCCACCAACUGCUGCAAGGAUUCCAUCAGAGCUGCAAGAGGCAUUCAGAGGAUUCUGAAAGAACAUCAGUUACCGCUGAAGGAACAUCUGAUAAGUAGACGGAAUAGAUGGGGAGGGUGGAGGGCCAGUCCAUAUCCAUAUAAGAAGUCCAUUCAUAUAAAGUGAUGCUCAGGUGUCCCACCUCAGUAAUCUCUGACUGAUUAGGCUAAUAUAGGAAUAGUCUUCUCACACUUUGUAUAAUAUUCUAAAACCUCACCUGUAUAACAGGCAAGUAAGAUCUAGUGGCAAGGUGAGAAACAGUGUAUUUAGUUAGUUAGGGAUUUUCUUUGCCUAAAAUGUUCCUUAGGUUAUGGAUAGCACUGGGUUGUAGCCAAUUGAGGUAUUAGGUAACACACAGGGCCCCUAAAAAUUUGUGGUGUGUGAUGAUCAUGAUAAUUCAUCUUGCCUACUGAUGAUUUCAUCUCUCCUUCUGAUGCCACAAAGUUAUUUUUUCACUAAUGCCUCAUAAGCUGCCAUUGUUAUCUGUAUUUCUAGGAAACAUUUUAGAUUUUACUAGUUUUUUGUAAAGUGAUUUUUGCUCGAUUUUUUGUUUGCAGUUGUAAAAAGAAAGCAAUGGUUUGCUGGUAGAUUGGGCCAGUUUGCAUUUUAAUACUAUAUGAUAUUUGUAGCCUUUUUAUUUAUUAUGAAUAGUAAUUAGUACUGUGCUGAAGGCAUAGCUGAGAUGCUUGGAGAGAAACAGGGAACUUGAUUGAACUGACAAAGUACUGAGGCUACCUUUAUUUCUGGGCAGUAAAUAUUUUGUUUUUAGCCGCCGAGCGCCACAGCUGCAAAAAGAAUGUCUACACGAACAUCGAGCACGAUUAGACUUGGCGUCACCUCUUUAGCAAAUGCCACAAGCUUUGUAGUUGGCAUCUCAAAUACUCACCUUUCAGAGCAGUGAAGUACAGAUGAAACUAAAGGGUCGAAAGAUGCUCCACUAAACAGAUACACGCCAAAGCACAGAGAACUGUGUCCACAAUUCUGCAUGGCAUGGCAUCUCCAAAUAGCUGCAGAUGUGAGACACAGAUGUGAGACAGAGAGUUGCAACAGUCAAAAGAAAUCUUAUUCCGUGAUGAAGAUCAUAGAUUGUAUAAUGAAUAUUGUACCAAACACUCAUCGGAGUCUGUGUAAAGAAAGAAGCCUGUACCCCACUUGCAAACCGCCACCCACGCCACCAUUUCAUACAUAACUUGUUUGUUCUGCUCACUUUAUGUAUAUUAUAAUACAAAUAAAAAAUCUUGCUUUUCAAG